CUCCAACACGCCCAACGUCCCCGAUGAUGCGCGCCAACACGUCGUCUUCGAUGCAGAAGACAUACGACGAGUGCUUUCUCACAUGCUCCACCGCCGUCUACUUUGAAAGCCAGAACAACGAAGCAGAGGCUCUCCGCUCGUGGAAGGGCGCCCUCGACCAGAUCUACUACCACAAUGCCCACCGCGUCCCCACUAACCACCGCCCCAAGUCUGAGACAGAGAAGGCCCUCCAAGACUCGCUGCAUCAACUGGAGCUGCAGUGCAAGGAGCGCGUCGACCUCCUCGAAGCGUUGAAGCGCAGUCGUGAAGAGGCAGGCGAGAGUGUUACCUCUCCUUCACCCAGUGCAGAUGCAAAUCCACCCCCCGGGCUCCCUCUCCAGGCCCCCACGCACACUGCCAGCGACACAGCCGGGCUGGGUUGGCUAGGAGGCGGCACCGUGCCUCCUGUGGACUACACUGAUCUGUACCGGCCCUCGCUUCCGCUUCGGCCAGCCCUCCAGGCACAAAAGAGGUCUGGUGCCGAGUCGUCUCAGGCGAACUGCACUUCAUUGCCACCCAAUAGCAGUUCCCUUUCCCCGGGACUGGCAACGUCGAUAAGAGAAUCCCGGACACCCUCGCCCGAAAAGAAGAGUCGGAUGCUGAGAACACUGAGGCCCGGGGGAAAGGAGGGCAGAGCUUCGUCCAAGAUGCCCAGCUCCAUGCGCAGUCGCCCUCCAGCUGCCGCCAAAGCAGCCACCCAGGCCUGGGGAACAAGCGCAAUGACAAACCCAACCAGGCCAGUAUACUUAGGAAACCAAUCCAGUAGAGAGUCGAUAGCAGCCUCCCAGAGCGCCUCAAAUCGCCCAUCCUUUGAUCAGCCUGGGUCCGGGCUUGAUUUCGAUAGACCCUGCCCACAGCCUCCUAAUCAGGAAUUGUACCAUCCCCAGUACUCCAGCACGUCAAUACACCAAGUUUCUCGAAAAGGCUUAACCCCCCCACCACCCAGGAGAAAUUCUUCAGAUACGAGCCAAACAAAAGGCAUUAAAAAUGCCAGCCCUCAAGUCAUCACAUACAGAAACGAAUGCCCAGCCAUCUUACCAGACCCUCCCCAACUUGCGUCUUCAACCGCCGCUCAACCACAGAAUGAGGUCGAAUUUGACAAGACUAGACGCGAAUCGAGCAGCAGUCGACCACAAUGGUUACCCUCUAAUCCAUACUCUUCAGUCAACAAUAAUCGCGUGCGAAAGUCGAAGAAAAGUGCUCAUCCUGAGACGAUACCCCUAAACGAGAACGGAGGUAUCGAGGAGAAAGAACUACCUCUGUCUCGCCGAAAUGUCAAGGGGGAGGGUACAGCAGAUCCUCUACUUACACCAACAUCCAAGGCUGCAGAGUCGAACUGCCCAGAGAGCGAUUCUAGUGAAUGGAGAGAAAGGGUCCGACGCAUACUGAAGAACCUCCCAAAAGGAGUGGAUGAGUCUGCAGCUCAACAGAUUUUGAACGAAAUUGUCAUUCACGGCGAUGAAGUGCAUUGGGAUGACGUGGCCGGACUCGAGAUUGCGAAGUCCGCCUUGAAAGAGACAGUCGUGUACCCAUUUCUACGACCCGACUUGUUUAUGGGCCUUCGGGAACCAGCUCGAGGCAUGCUGCUCUUUGGACCACCUGGAACGGGAAAGACAAUGCUAGCUCGGGCCGUGGCCACAGAAUCUAGAUCGACCUUCUUCGCCAUCUCUGCUAGCAGCCUGACGAGCAAAUUCCUAGGUGAAUCGGAGAAGCUCGUUCGAGCCCUCUUUGCUCUUGCGAAGAUGCUUGCACCAUCGAUCAUCUUUGUUGACGAGAUCGACUCCCUUCUAUCUUCCCGUUCUGGGUCCGGUGAGCACGAGGCUACACGGCGCAUCAAGACUGAGUUCCUGAUCCAGUGGUCCGAUCUUGCUAGAGCAGCCGCAGGGCGCGAGCAGAGUGAUAAGGAUAAAGAGCGAGGAGAUGCAAGCCGAGUGCUUGUGCUCGCGGCGACGAACUUACCAUGGGCAAUCGAUGAAGCAGCAAGACGACGAUUCGUCAGGCGCCAGUACAUUCCACUACCCGAGGAGCAUAUCCGAAAAUCGCAGCUAAAGACUCUUCUAAGCCAUCAGAAACACGAACUCACGGAUGAGGACAUGGACCGGCUUGUUAUCUUGACUGAAGGCUUCUCGGGCUCUGACAUCACCGCGCUCGCGAAAGACGCUGCAAUGGGUCCUCUCCGCAGUCUAGGAGAGAGGUUACUGCGCAUGACAAUGGAUGAGAUUCGUCCGAUCCAGGUCGGGGAUUUCCAAGCCAGCCUACAGACAAUUAGGCCAAGUGUCAGCAAGCAGGGCCUCAGGGAAUUUGAGGAUUGGGCAAAGGAAUUUGGAGAAAGGGGUGGAUAGAUAACUCCUGUGUUGAAUCACCCUUGUAUGUCCCAGCUGCAGCAUUGAAAUCGACAUUUAGAUUAGCCAGGACUUGGUCGAUUCUAGAUUCGCGUGAAUUCGAUGGCCUUUUGUGAUCCCGUGGGAAGGGAAGUCUGAAUGGCUAGCAUACGAGUUUGUUCUGAAUACGAACAUGCUUAAGGUUGCAGUGUGCUGAGCUGGGCCCCGAAAGUGUUUGCUACCGUCUUACGAACAUGAGUAGACCCAUGACUUAGGAUGUACCUAAACCAGGUCGACAUACACUUAUCAUAAAG